AUGACAAAAAGCAUAUGUGAAUUACAAAAUAAAAAUUCUAUCAGUACGGAAUUGCUCCAAGAAAUCAAAAAAAUGGAAAAUGAAUUAAAGAGGAAAAAUGAUGAAUAUGAAAAAUUAAAUGCAAAUUAUAGAGAAAUAUAUGGCUCUUACAUAUUGGCCAAAACCAAUUUGGAUGAUACCACAAAUAAUUAUGAAGGGGAAAUAUUAAAACUAGAAACUAUGCUUAAGGAGAAGGAACAUGAAUACAUGAACUUACGCAUUAAUUUUCAAGAAUUGUUGGAAGAAAAAUGUAAACUGGAAAAUGACAUGGACAAUUAUGAAAAGGCCAUAUAUGAAAUAAACGAAAAUUUGAUAUCUUUAAAAGAAGCACAUAAGGAAGAGCUAAAAGAAGUACAUGAAGAAAAUACAAAUUUAUAUUCAACUAUAGACAAAUUUAAGGAAGAAGUUGAAUACAUGAAAGAAAACUACAAACAGCUGGAAAAAAUGAACCAAGAUAAAAUUAAUACGAUUGAAAAUCUUGAAAAGGAAAUGAUGGACAUGAAGGAAGAAAAAAAAAUAGUAGGAGAAAAAAUGGACCUUGUUCAAAGUCAACAAAGGAUGAUACAAAUGGAAAUAAAAAAUUUAAACAAAGAAAAAGAACAACUUAAAGAAAAAGAAGAAACAUUAAAAAAUGAAAAAGAAAAGUUUCAACAAUGUAAAGAAGAUUUAAAAAUAGAAGAAAAACAAAUAGACACAAAUAAACAAGUAUUAAACAAAGAAAAAGAACAAAUAGAAAAAAAUAAAGAAGAACUCAAAUUAAUGGAACAAAAUUUAAAUAAAGAAAAAGAAACUUUACAAAAAAAUAAAGAACAACUAGAUAAAGAAAAAAAAAUAUAUGAAAAUGAUAAGAAAAAUAUUAUGUUAAAAAAUGAAGAUUUGAAAAAACUAGUAGAUCAAUAUAAAGAAGAAAUUACGAAUAAGGAAGAACAUAUUAAACAGAUUGAAGAAAAAAUUCUUUUGCUAGAAGAUGAAAAAAAAAAUUUCCAGAAUAAGAUUGACGCAUUAGAUAAUAAACUGCAAGAAUUCAAAAAUGAAAUAACUAAUGAAAAAAAAAUGAACUAUGAAUUAAAGGAUGAUAUAGACAAUAAACAAAACGAAGUGAUAAAGAGAGAUUCCAUUAUAGAGAUUCUAUACAAUAAACUGAAAGAAAAAGAAAACGAUAUUACCACAGUCCAGAAUGAGAAUUUAUCUUUACGAAAUUGUCAAAAGGAAUUAAAUAAAAUUUUGGAUAUCAAAAAAAAUGAAAUGAUUAACAUUGAAAAAGACUUAUACGAAAAACUAGCCAAAUUGUUAAUUAAAAAGAAAAUCAGACAAAGAGACGAUUUACAUUUUGAUGGUCAUCCUCAAUCUUCUAUCUUAAAAAUUUUAUGGUUUGGAUAUGUAGACAUAUGCAAGUGUAUAUUAAAGAACAGAGACGGAUACUUAUAUAAGGGAAAUAAGAACCAUCGAUUUAUUUGUGCCUACGAUACAGAUCUGUUUUUGGAUAUUAAUGUGGAAAAUACCAAAAAAGGGCUGUUAUCAUUCAAAAACGAGACCAGGGGUAUUUUUCAAUUAAAUGACGAAGAAGCCAAAAAACUUGUUUAUGUUGGACCAUUCAGCAAAUUUAAAGGAUUUAAUUUUUGUAUUUCUAGCAACAAGAAUAAUUUAGAAAUAGUAAAAGGAAACAAGUGCAGCUAUAUAUUUGAAGAAAUGUAUGUAACAAAGAAAGGAACAAAAUUAGUUUUAAUAAAAGAAAAAGAAAGUGGAAAAUAUUUCAGCGGAUUAAAUAAGAAUUUAUAUUUAGAAAAGAAAAAAAGAGGAGUUGAUAAAUUAGAUUACAAUAAUGUUGUCAACAAAUUAAUUAAUUAUAUUGCAAAUGAAAAGGAAGAAAAUUGUAAUAUGAUCAUAAAAACAUCCGAUCAAAAAUUAAAAAUUGAAAAUGAAAAAAGUACCUGUCUUGUUCAGAAAAAAAAAAAUUCAGACAAUUCUUACAAUAAUGAAGAAAAAACAAACUUAAGAAAAUCGAGAAGUAAAACACCAAUCAAAAAAGAAAAUUCAUUACAUUCGAAAUAUGAUAAAACAAAAACUACCAAAAUAACAAAUCAAAUAAAGAAAUCUGAUAGCAAAGAAAAACAAAAUAAAGAAAAAUCAACUAGCGAAAAACAAAUUGGAAAAAAAUUAGCUAGCGAAAAAAAUAAUGAAGAGAAAAUAACUAAUGGAAAAAUGAACGAAGAUAAAUUAAAUAAUAACAGAGAAUUAAGUGAUGAAAAUUUACACAAGUAUAAAAUAGCAAAAGAAAUGUUGUUACUUUCUGAUAGUAAUAGUUCAAGUACAUGUGAUGAUGAAAAUAUUUAUCAUUUAAAAACUAAAUAUAAUCAUACAGAACAAAAUGAAUUUAUAAAUAAUAAUGUAAUAAAUAAAUCAAUAGCAACAAAUUAUAUCGAAAAUAUAAAUACCUCUUUAUUUAAAUAUUCCAAAUGUUCUGAAGAUUAUAAUAAUACAAAUAUUAUACUUACAACAAAUAAGGAAGAAGCAAUUUUAUUUGAAAUUUUUAAUUAUGAACAAAUAGUAGAACACGACGCGAUCAAAUUGGCAUCUGAAUGUGUUUUCAAUUUUCUUCUUAAUUACAAUAAAAGUAACUUACAAGAUUUAUCUAAUAUCGGUAGCGAGGGAAAUUCAAAUGUAUUUUCAGGAAUUGAUGAAGACUGGUGUAUAUUACCAGCUUAUUUGUAA